UUUUAGUGUUCGCAGCACAUUCGCUUUAUUCAGAUAAAAUUUUAACAUACAUAAAUAGAUUUUAAGUCAGCCAAAAAUAACACACAAAAAAAAGAGUUCAUAAAAUGCAAGGCACAAUGCAUAAAACCAAGCUGAAGGAGGGCGAAGCUAGGGAGGACAUGGAGCUGAAUGAAAUCUGGCGAGCCUGUCGUAAAAUUCAAGGCGCCAUUUUUCGUUAUAAAUUUGACAUCUGCAAGGAUUUGAAACAGCAUGAUCCCCAUUGCACCGGAUUCGUAUCAAAGUCCAUGUUCACGGCCGUAAUGGCCAAAUAUCGCAACGUUGCCGGACUAUCCGAAUUCGAGUUGCGGGAUAUCACCGAUUACUUCCAAAUACGGGACGGACGCGUCGCCUAUCGCCAGUUCUGCAAGGUGGUCUGCUGCGAGGAUUUGCACAGAAGUGCCAAGAAAGAAUUGGUAACAUCCCUGGAGUGGAAUGAUCCGUGGCAUUUGAAUGUCAUACCACAACCAGAGGAGCGACGUAAACUCUUUUUAAUCCUCCUAAAGAUUGCGCAAGAAACGCAUUUGCCUUUGAUGCCCUACUUUCAGGACUAUGAGCUGGUGGCGAGAAAUGUGGGCGUGGUCACCGUCUCUCACUUUGCACGCGUUCUGCACUUCAUGAAAAUCCCGCUCGCAGAGUCUGAUUUCCUGCUGCUGCUCAAGCGCUACAUGAAGGACGCUUAUCUGGUCAACUAUGUGGCUUUUGUAAAGCACAUCGAUAAUAUCAUGGAGUAUCUGAAGUAUCACAAGUUGCUGGAUAACUCAAGGGAGAUUAUCCAAAAUUUUCCCGGCCGGCUGGUUGAUCUGAAUCUGUCGGAGCUACCUCCAGUUGAUGGCUGCAAAGUCAUACACCCCAUUUUUCCCGAUACUUGCAAUCAUCCGAAGAAGAAUCGUGAUCAGUGUGAUAUCAUCUUUUGCAUCCAAAAUUUUGUCUAUAAGAAUCGUGUGCGCUGUAGCGAAUUUUUGGAGUGUUUCGAUCAGCUACGCACUGGCAGCAUCACGAAGAAUCAGUUUGAACGGGCCCUUCACAAUAUAGGAGUGGGGAAGUUUAUAUCGCAACGUGAAUUAGAUCUGCUUGCGGAUCGUUAUAUGGAUCCGGUGGACACUAAUCGCAUACGUUGGCGCACAUUUAUGGACGAAAUCGAUACGGUCUUUACCAUCAAAAAUUUGGAGAAAAUACCACAAUGCAAUGUUGAGUCGCCACUGAAACACAUUAUAGACAUGCCACGUCCUGGUACCGCCGACUGGCAGGCAGCGCCACUAAGUCUGCGCGAACUAUGUGAGGAUGCCAUGGCCAAGAUUCGCAUACGCAUUCGCAAUCGCCGUCUACAUUUGCAUCCCUUCUUCCGCAAUUAUGACAAGCUGAAUAGCGGACACGUUCGCUGCAAUCAGACCAAUCAAAUCUUUCGUACUAAUGGCAUUCUGCUCUCCGAUCAGGAGGUCGAAGCUGUGUUACAUCGCUAUGGCAAUGAGAUGGGCUUCUUUUACACCAAGUUUUUGGAUGAUGUCGAUCCAGCAUCCUAUGGUAUACCUAGCAUGGUGCCCAAGGGUCAGCUGCACGAUAUGAAUGAGUGUCCACCAUUCGCUCGUGAUACUCCUGACGAAGAUGAGCAGGAGAGCGAGGAGAACAUCAUGCGUGUCCUGACCGUUGUCAAGCAACAGGUUCUUACCAGGAGUGUGCCAAUUAUUGAUUUCCUCGCCGACUACGAUCGUCAUCGUGAGGGUGAAAUUCUGGAUUCCGACUUUAAGAGAGCGAUGAGCAGCGCCAAUGUCGUCCUUUCGGACGAAGAUGCGACUCUUAUGUGCAACAUUUUCCGUUCGUCGCGUCGGGCACCUUGCAUGCGUUAUCGCGACUUUGUGAAGGCAUUGAACCAGAUCUUUGUUCAGCUGGAAUCGGAGAUGGGCGACAAGAUUGUCACGGCUGUGCCGCUCCUCCAUCUGCCCAACUUGGACUGCAUCAGCUGUUUCCUGAACUUUGAUGAGCGAACCACAUGCUCGCGAGCGCUAAUGAAGCUCGCCCGCAAACCCGACGAAAUCUCCAAUCUUAGUCAAAUCUUCACGGACUUCGAUCGGUCGAAUUGCGGCAGCGUUUCCGAAAACCAACUGCUGCGUGCGCUCACGGUGCGUGAGAUGCACGAGAUGUUGAGCAGGCGUGAGUUCGAUGCUGUCUGCAAAUGCUUCGCUGUGGAGCGAGGCCUUCACAUGGAGUUCAACUACCGUGAGUUCCUCAAGAUACUGGAUGUCCUUCAUCGCACCGGUCAGGUGAAGCGAAACUUCUAGCCUUGCUCUCCAUAUUCGCACCAAAAAAUUGUAAAUCCAUCCGUCCGAGUAGUACCUUCUGGCCAUGACUAAUUAAAAAUUGUGUAUUUGAGUAAAAUUCGUGUAGAUAAUCAGAUAGAAUAAUAAAACAAUGAGUCAGCGAAUUUUA